AAAAAAUAAAAAAUAAAAAUAAAAGGGGGAGGCGAGGAGGAGGAAAGCAAGAGCAGACUAGAGUCUCUCUCCCAAGCUCUCUCACCAAUGGCAGAAACAACAAACAAAACCACUGCCCCCUCAAAAUCUUCGGUAAAGGUCUGUGCCAACAAUACCCAAAUUUCUCAACCUUCAGGCAAGAAACCCAAAACCCUAAACUGGCAAGAACAACGAAAACUCAAGAGAGAAAAUAGGCAAGAAGAAGAGGACCGAAAUACCCUAGCAAGCUUAGAAUCAGCGAUUCCCCAAUCCAACAUUGGUUUCAAGUUGUUGAAACAGAUGGGUUACACACCAGGGUCCACGCUGGGGAAGGAGGGUUCUGGUCUUGCGGAGCCCGUGGGGCUUGAGAUUCGGCGGACUCGAGCUGGGAUUGGUCGGGAGGACUCGAGAAAGGAGAAGAGGAAGAGGGAAGAGGAGAGGAUGGAAUGGGAGAGGGGGAAGGAGGAGGCGUUGAUGGAGGAUUUUGGGUGCCGCCACAAAGAGCAAUGGCGGAGCCGGAGGAUUGUGGUGAAUUAUCACAAGGCGAAGGCGGCAUUGGAGCAGUUGGAGAAUAAGGAGGUGGUGGCAGAGGCUGACAAGGAUGAAGAGGAUGCCGAAAAUGAAGAGGAGGAAGAGGAGAUAAUAACCGAAGAGGAACUCCAUGGAACUAGAAGUCUAGAAUUAGGUAGGCUACAACAAGCAACCUUCAAUUUCGGGUGAAGGUCAGGAAUUGCAGUUUUCAUUGGUAUUGCAUUGCUUCUCUCCAUGCCCUCAACACACAAGGCAAUCUAGGUUCUCAACAACACUUCCUCUCCUAGGGCUCUCUCUCUCUCUUAAUUUGUCUUUAUUUUAUUUUUGUGCUUGGGUACAAAGCAAAGCAGAAUAUCACUUCAAUGAAUGAAUGCAUGAGAGCUUUAUGAAAGUUAUUGCUAACAGAUUUAGGGUUUGACCUGGCACUUAAUGCUUUGUCCAUAUAUUUAAUCUAGAACCUAGUUCUAUCAAUUUGAUCAAGUACCCACGCUUGAUUCUUUUACAAAACCUCCAGUUUAGUUUAUGAGGAUAUUCAAGUGUGAUUCUAAAGUGGCCCUCCUCCUACAGGUUCCCCUUUUCUCUACAAAAACACAAAUAUUGCCUCCUCAUGUUCGGUUUCUGAACUAGUAGGGUUCUUACAUAUUUUAUUUUAUUUUUGGGUUAAAGUGUAUAUCCCUCGACGAACCAAGAUUUUUUUUUUCCCAACUGUUUAUUCCAAUUUUUGUGUCAUCCAAUUAAUAGCAUCGCAUCGCACCCCAAUUUUAAAUACGAUGCAAUUGGAAUUGGAGGUAUAAUUCUUGACUUUAAUUCCUAUUCUGCAAUAAGACCGUUAUAAAGAUAUGGUUUUGUUCUGCAAAUGUCUCAUGUUUUCUUAGGCAGACAAAAGGAUAUUUUGUGAUGGCUGUCUUUUUUU